GUCAACAUUCAAAUAGAUAUCUGCGGCUGGGAGAUUAGUUAAUUCAAAACACAAUUAGUCGCGAUAAGUCAUAACUCACUUAAAGGACUCCCGCAGAUAACAGGGGCGUUAAGCUGUUAAUUAAAAUUCCGAGUUCCGCUUUAAUUGAUACCAAUACCCGGUUCAAAUUACUAAUCCGAUAUUACACCUCAAACAAUUCAUAAAUCCCAUUAUAAACAUAACUAUUAAUUGUUUUUGAAUCAGUUUAAUUAAUUUCUAUUAAAUUGCCAUCCGACAACGUCUGUUGACUAGCAUAUCAUUAAGCAGAGUUUCAUUCGUUACAACCUUAAAAUGAAAACGAAACACAGCAAUUUCUCCAUCGAAUCAAUUUUAGCUGGAGAUGAAAAUCAACACACACCUGAUGCCGAAACGUUUGGCCAAGAAUUUUUUCGCUCCAGAGAAAAAUCUCCAGUAGUAUCUCAAGAAAUAGUUCAAAAUAAGUUGACGCCAGGCUGUGUGGCAAAAGGGAGAAGCCGAGAAAGUGACCAUCUCAGUGAACACGAAGAGACCUUUUCACUCCUCGAGACAAGUGGUGAUCAAACAAAGCUUCACCUGACAACGACGGAAACUUCCACCAAGCCGACAAACACCUCUGAUUACGUAACACAAACAGCCGACAGGACUGUGGAUCAGGUGACGUCAUCGUCGAACUCUAACUCGUGUAGACGAAGUAGGACCACUUACACUCCGUGGCAGUUGCACCAGUUGGAGUCUUCCUUCGAGGACAACCCUUAUCCAGAUGUGGGCCAGAGGGACUACCUCGCUGGAGUGAUGGGAGUGACCGAAUCACGCAUCCAGGUCUGGUUUCAAAACAGACGAGCCAAGAGGCGCAAACUGGCUCGGGUAUUCCACGGUGACAUCAAUGAGCAUCAAUUGAACCCGAACAACUUCCACAUUCAUCACAGUCAGGCAGCAGUAUCAACUAGCAUAUUUCUACCUCCUUCCCAUUUAGCCGAACAACCAAUGCAUUCAAUUAAUCGCGGAGCGUCUAAUCACACCUUGGCUUACUCAAACAUGCCUUCGUGCAAGGAUAGAGUCAGUAGUAUUACAUCACUGCCCACAAUCGACGAUCGCCUCAGCCAAGAAUCGAUUCGAAGUAGGAUUUUACACCAUCCAGGUUUCAAAAACGGAGAUUGGCAGUCUGAUUUGUUAGCAUCUCAGAUACCUCGAAUGAAUGGCACCUUCACGAAUAACCCCUUCAUUAAUUUUCCAACGCAAGGAAGGCCAAUAAUGUACCCACAACUGUUGGAAAGUUCAGUUUUUCCAUCGAUUAAUGAGAAAUAG